AUGUCUUUCUCCAGCCUUGUUCAAGACUUGAGCCUUCGCGACUCCAAUGGCGCUCGCCGCCCUCAGAUCCCCGGUCCCCGCUCGUCCGUUUCGACUCUCGAUGACCGAGCUUCACACGUCUCGCGUGCCAUGUCCUACACCAGCACUGCUGCCACCAGCGUUAGCAUUUCCGGCGACAUUUCAAGCCAGCUUCAUGGUGGCUACUUCCACCCUCUAGCCCGCUCAUGGCAAGCCGAGCGUCAACUCACAAAGUCCAUGCUCAUCUACCCUCUCUUCGUCACCGAUGGUGAAGGCGACAUGAUUCUCGUUCCUUCUCUACCCGGCCAGCACCAGCUUAGCUGUGACAAGCUGAUUCCGUUCCUCGAGCCUCUCGUUCACAAGGGCCUCCGCUCUGUUAUGCUCUUUGGUGUCCCCAUGCAAACUGGUACAAAGGACGCCCUAGGUACCGCCGCCGACGACCCCGAAGGACCUGUCAUCAAGGCCAUCCAAAUCAUUCGCCGCCGUUUCCCACAGCUCUUCAUCUGCUGUGAUGUCUGUCUUUGCGAAUACACUUCUCAUGGCCACUGCGGUAUUCUCCGUGAUGAUGGCAGUCUGAACAACCAGUUGUCUGUCGACCGUAUCUCUGAUGUCGCCAUCGCUUAUGCUAAGGCUGGCGCUCACUGCGUGGCUCCUUCAGACAUGAACGACGGCCGCAUUCGCGCCAUCAAGCUUAAACUGAUUGAGGAGGGAAUUGCCCACAAGACAGUUCUUAUGUCGUACUCGGCCAAGUUCUCAGGCUGCUUGUAUGGCCCCUUCCGGGAUGCCGCCGGCUCAGCGCCUUCAUUUGGUGACCGCAAGUGCUACCAGCUUCCUCCUGGUGGUCGUGGCCUCGCACGACGUGCCAUCGUGCGAGAUAUCAACGAGGGGGCUGAUAUUAUCAUGGUGAAGCCUGCUAGUCAGUAUCUGGACAUUAUCAGUGAUGCCAAGGACCUGGGUAAAGAUCUUCCCGUGGCUGCAUACCAGGUCAGUGGCGAGUAUGCCAUGAUACAUGCCGGAGCCAAGGCUGGAGUCUUCGAUCUCAAGGCCAUGGCUUUCGAGUCAACAGAAGGCAUUCUUCGAGCUGGCGCUACUAUUGUGGUCAGCUACUUCACCCCUGACUUCCUCGACUGGCUCGAAAACUAG